CUUUCUUCAAAAAGCAGUAGAUCAACAACUUGACGCUUUUUCCUUUCCACCAUCACCGGUCAACAUCACCUCACCGUUCCACCAUCACAUUCACAUCCAUCUUCUUCGUAUAUGAGACCUCGUAUCCGAGAUGCCUCUGACAAACUCCGCCCUACCCGAUCCUCCUUCGACGACGACGGUGAACCAAAGUUUCACCGGAAACACCCUCCGCCUCUCCGCACCAUGUUCGGCCGAUGGCGGAAAUGGACUGUCCUCGUGGCGGCGAUCUGGAUCCAGGCUUCGACUGGAACCAACUUCGAUUUCUCGGCCUACUCAUCCCAUCUCAAAUCAGUACUCGGAAUCUCUCAGGUGAGGUUGAAUUACCUCGCCGUGGCUUCUGAUUUGGGAAAAGCGUUCGGGUGGUCGUCGGGGAUCGCUCUAGGUUAUUUCCCUCUCUCCGUCGUUCUUUUCGCGGCGGCGGCUAUGGGGUUCGUUGGCUAUGGUGUUCAGUGGUUAGUCAUCACCAACGUCAUCGCUCUUCCUUAUUCUCUGGUGUUUCUGUGCUGCUUGUUGGCUGGAUUGAGCAUAUGUUGGUUCAACACAGCUUGUUUCAUCCUCUGUAUCCGUCACUUCCCGACCAAUCGUGCACUCGCUUUGUCUCUAACGGUAAGCUUCAAUGGAAUCAGUGCAGCCUUAUACUCGCUCGCUUUCAAUGCACUUAACCCGUCAUCCUCAAAUCUGUACCUUCUGCUGAACUCUCUGGUUCCUCUUGGUGUCUCGUUAGCUGCACUCUACCCUGUUCUUGUUAAACCAUCUCUAGACCCUACACCAGACAGUGAAUCACGGCGACAUGACUCCCAUGUGUUUGCCAUUAUGAAUGUCGUAGCCGUCGUUACCAGUUUCCACCUUCUUCUGUCUAGUUCCAGUACCAAUGUGACUUCAUCAGCUCGUUUGCAUUUAGUGGGAGCUAUCUUCCUUAUGGUUUUCCCCUUAUGUGCUCCUCUUCUCGUUUAUGCUCGGGAUUACUAUUUUCCUGACAUUAACCAACAUGACAGCUCUGGCUAUGUUAUGCUUAACAUAGACGAGCUCAAGCUGCAGAAAGCAUCUGUUACGGGUACUGCCAAGGAAGGGAACAUAGUGAGGCUCGGUGAUGAACACUCGUUUGGGUUGCUCAUAACUAGAUUGGAGUUUUGGUUAUACUACAUUGCGUACUUCUGUGGUGGCACGAUUGGCCUUGUUUAUAGCAACAACUUGGGUCAGAUUGCUCAGUCUUUAGGACAAAGCUCGACAACACUCGUCACAGUCUACUCUUCGUUCUCCUUCUUUGGCCGGUUGCUCUCUGCUGCGCCAGAUUUUAUCCACAAGAGGUUUCGUUUAACAAGAACCGGCUGGUUUACAAUCGCACUCUUGCCAACCCCUAUCGCUUUCUUUCUACUAGCGAUAUCAUCCUUACAGCAGUUAGCAUUGCAGACCGCAACUGCUUUAAUUGGUCUGAGCUCAGGAUUCAUAUUCGCAGCUGCAGUCUCCAUAACAUCUGAACUUUUUGGACCAAAUAGCGUAGGUGUUAACCACAACAUUCUCAUAACAAACAUACCAAUCGGCUCACUCCUAUACGGUUUCAUCGCUGCAUCCAUCUACGAAGCCAACGCAAACCCUGAGAUUAGAACUGUGGUGUCUGACUCGGUCGUUUGCAUCGGAAGAGAUUGCUACCACAAAACGUUUGUGCUUUGGGGUUGCUUGUCUCUUCUUGGUCUUGCUUCAAGUUUUCUGCUGUACAUGAGAACCAAACCGGUUUAUCACCGGCUUGAACAAGACCGGGUUUCCGUAACGUCAUCAUCGUACAAGGAUAUUGAUUCAAUGUAAAUCAAAUUGUAACACAAGAGACCACAAUCUUUUCUUUUUUAAAAGCCACAGAAAGAUUAAUACAU